GUCAACGUCGAGUCGAGCCACAAGUGUCAUCAUUGUGUCAUUUGAAUUGAUUCGUGUCAAUCCAGCCUUCGAGUAUUUUGUCUUCGCCAAUAUUUUGAUGAAGAUUUAUUAUUUAAUGUUGUGAAACAUAGCAAAUAACCUGCAAAAAUGAAGAACAGAUUCAAUACAUAUGAUAUUAUGUGCAUGGUCACAGAAUUACAAAGACUGAUUGGAAUGCGAGUAAACCAAGUCUAUGACAUAGACAACAAGACCUAUGUGAUCCGACUACAGAGGUCGGAAGAAAAGAGUGUGCUACUCUUGGAGUCUGGAAACAGAUUCCAUACCACACAGUUUGAAUGGCCAAAGAAUGUUGCACCUUCUGGAUUUACUAUGAAGCUCAGAAAACACUUAAAGAACAAACGUUUGGAGAAGCUCUCGCAGCUGGGUAUAGAUCGUAUAGUGGACCUGCAGUUUGGUAGCGGGGAGGCAGCGUAUCAUGUUAUACUGGAAUUAUAUGACAGGGGUAACAUUGUGCUAACUGACCAUGAGUGGACCAUCCUUAAUGUGCUGCGGCCUCACGUCGAGGGGGACAAGGUUAGGUUUGCAGUAAAAGAAAAGUAUCCGCUGGACAGAGCGAAGACAAGCUACGCAGCGCCAUCUGCCGACGCUCUCCAGGAAAUACUAAACAACAGCAAACCAGGCGAUAAUCUGAAGAAAGUCCUUAAUCCUAAAUUAGAAUACGGUUCAGCAAUCAUAGACCACGUACUUCUAGAGAAUGGACUAUCAGGAACCAUGAAACUUGGUAAGGAACCAGGCAAGGGUUUCAACAUGGAACAGGAUCUUGAGAAGCUGGUGAAAGCGUUGAAACAGGCUGAGGAACUGCUGGAUAUCGCGAGGACGCAGGUCGCUAAAGGCUACAUAACACAGAAGAAGGAAUCCCGGCCAAACCCUAACGGAGAAGGUUCCAGUUUCCUGCUCAUCGGCCAAGAGUUCCACCCGAUGUUGUUUGCCCAGCACAGAGAGAUGCCUCACGCUGAACAUGAGACCUUCGACCGCGCAGUCGACGAGUUCUUCUCAACUCUAGAAGGACAGAAGAUUGAUAUGAAGACGGUACAAGUGGAACGUGAAGCCCUUAAGAAGCUGCAGAACGUGCGCAACGACCAUGAAAAGCGAGUUACGGAGCUGUGCCGAGCUCAGGAUGAGGAUAAGAAGGCUGCAGAGCUGAUCUCCCGCAACCAGCCCCUCGUGGAGCAGGCUCGUUUGGCUGUACAGGCUGCUAUUGCCAACCAGAUGUCAUGGGAUGACAUACAACUCCUAGUGAAGACAGCUCAGGACAACAACGACCCCAUAGCGUCCUGCAUCAAGCAUUUGAAGCUGAAAACUAACCAUAUCACAUUGCUGCUCUCUGAUCCUUAUGAUGAAGAGGAUCUUAAGCCUAUGAUGGUGGAUAUUGACCUUUCGCUGACUGCUUACGCUAAUGCAAGGAGGUACUACGACCAAAAACGCAACGCGGCAAAAAAACAGCAGAAAACGAUAGAAUCAGCCGGCAAAGCUCUGAAGAGUGCAGAACGGAAGACAAAGCAAACAUUGAAGGAGGCCCACACAGUCAGCAACAUCAUCAAGGCGCGGAAGACUUAUUGGUUCGAGAAGUUCUUCUGGUUCAUCUCUUCUGAUAAUUAUCUGGUGAUCGGAGGUCGCGACCAGCAACAAAACGAGUUACUAGUGAAGCGGUACAUGAGGUCCCGCGACCUGUACGUGCACGCGGAGGUGACGGGCGCCUCCUCCGUCAUCGUGAAGAACCCUGGAGCUGGGGACGUGCCUCCCAGGACAUUGGCUGAAGCUGGACAGGCUGCAGUCGCUUACAGUGUGGCUUGGGAAGCGAAGGUGCUGACCCGUGCAUGGUGGGUGUACGCGUCCCAGGUAUCGAAGUCCGCACCCACCGGAGAGUAUCUCACCACCGGGUCCUUCAUGAUUCGUGGACGCAAGAACUACUUGCUGCCUGACCAUCUGCAGUUUGGAUUCAGUUUCAUGUUCCGAUUGGAAGACAGCUGCAUAGAGCGUCACCGCGACGAGCGCAAGCCGAUAGCGUUGGAUGACGCCUCCGUCGUCACCUCCACGCAGGAGCUGGAGGAGGACCAGGAGAUAAUCGUCUCCGAUGAUGAUGAACAAUCAGAUAAAGAAGAUGAAAAACAAGACUCCGCCAAGCUAGACGCUAUCAAAGAAGAAUCACAACCAACUGCAGAUGUCCCAGAAGACACAGAAGUACAGCAAAAGGAGGAGAAGGAGAUUGAAAAAGAAGAAAGCCAGAAGGUAGAAGAUUCGGAUGAUGACAGCGAUUCUUCUGAGGAUGAUGCUCUUGAUACUCAUAUUAAGGUGGAUCACGGUACCGGCGAGGUGUUCGUCCGAUCUACAUCGAGAACUAUUUCCGAAAUGUCAGACAGAAGCGAAGACAAAAUGCCAUCGUUCCCAUCGUUACCAAAGAAAGGAGGUAAGAAGCAGCCCCAACAGAAGCAGAAGACGAAAGAAGACAAACAGGAGAAGAAAGAAGGAAUGAAGCGCGGACAGCGCAGCAAGCUGAAGAAGAUCAAGGAGAAGUACAAGGACCAGGAUGACGAGGACCGCGCUAUUAUGAUGGAACUGCUACAGUCGGCUAAGGGCGAGAAGGAAUCUAAAAAGGCCCAAAAGAAGGCCGCAGCGGCGAAGGCCAACAAGGUGAAGGUGCCCAAAGGAAGCAAGAUCCCGCAGCCGGCGCCCCUACUGCUGGAGGCUGAUUCCGAGCCUGAGGAACUGGAGAAUGAGCCGGAUUUGGAGCAGACAGGUCCCGACGCAGACUCCGAACUCCUGAACCAGCUGACCGGUAUACCUCACGAGGAUGACGAGCUACUCUUUGCGGUGCCUGUGGUGGCUCCCUACUCGGCACUCAUUAACUACAAGUACAAAGUGAAGCUGACCCCGGGAACAGGCAAGCGAGGGAAAGCAGCGAAGACAGCCGUACAAGUAUUCCUCCGCGACAAAGCAGGUACAGCGCGAGAGAAGGAUCUUCUGAAAGCCGUCAAAGAAGAAAACAUUGCCCGCAACUUCCCCGGAAAAGUCAAAUUGUCUGCUCCACAGUUACAUAAACAUAAAAAGUAGUUUUUUUUUCUAUGUUAAUAGCCCUCUCUUCUGAUAUUGCGUUUUUUUUGUCAUGAAAUCCGACCUUUUUGUAGAUACGAUAGUUAAAGUAAUAGAAAAAUUAAUUUUAAUCUCACCUCCACGCUAGCCUAGCGUUGAGUUGGGACUAUUUCGACUUUAUACCAAUGAAUUUAAAGUCUAAUUUUCUUCUUUAUAUAAGUUUUAGAAUGUAUACAUUAUAGUCCAAUCAUUUUGAAUUUAGAUGUGGGUGCGUAUUUAUUUUAAAUGUCAAUAUACUUUCUUGUAAAAUUAAACUUAAUCACAAAAUAACUACAGUCUUAUGUCGACAACCUUAAAGUUGAGAUUACGUUAGCAA